AAGAGCGCAACGGUCUGCAAAGGGAAGCCAACUGUGACACGGUCACAUUCGCAAUUCAUUAUUCCGGUCCUCGACGCCACAAACAAGCUAUCGUGGGAAUCCAGAGCAGUACACCGAAAGUUGCUGGGCAUCGUCGCCGUCGUUCCUCAAGCCCCUCCGUUGACCCUCGCCGCCUCAAGACUCUCCGACCACAAUGCCCCCCAAGAAGGUUAAGGCCCCCAAGGAGGACGCUGCCGUCCAGCUCGGUCCCCAGGUCGCUGAGGGCGAGCUCGUCUUCGGCGUCGCGCACAUCUUCGCGUCCUUCAACGACACCUUCGUCCACGUCACCGAUCUGUCGGGCAAGGAGACGAUCUCCCGCGUUACUGGCGGUAUGAAGGUCAAGGCUGACCGUGACGAGUCCUCCCCGUACGCCGCUAUGUUGGCUGCCCAGGACGUCGCCGCGCGCUGCCGCGAGGUUGGCAUUACUGCCCUCCACAUCAAGCUCCGCGCCACUGGUGGUACCGGCACCAAGACCCCGGGUCCGGGUGCCCAGUCCGCGCUCCGUGCGCUUGCCCGUGCUGGCAUGCGCAUUGGCCGCAUUGAGGACGUCACCCCCGUCCCGACCGACAGCACCCGCCGCAAGGGUGGUCGCCGCGGUCGUCGUCUGUAGAUGGUGCGUUUAUGCGCUGCGCAUCGUCCAAAAUGUACCAUUUCCUGUCGGAGUGUGCAACCAAUACAAUGUCGCUGUUUGACACGCAGCGGGUCCUCUGGGGCUCGUCCCGUGGUCAUUAUCUUCACAUGCUUGUAUGAUUGGUCCACAUCGAAUGUUGUUGUAUGUCCACCAACCCGGAUUGAGUUGAGCUGAGUCUCUCCUUUCGCAACCGAUGCGAGGCAUGCUAC